AGUGUUGGGUAAAUAGUGUCUCAGGAAAUACUAGUGCCGAUAAAAUUAUGCAGCGAAUUACCGUGGGUGUUUGUUUAUACAUUUUAUUUUCAAUAACUUGUGGUUUGACAGCAACUUGUGCAACAGAGACAAAAUGUGAGUUAGAAGACAAUUGUGAACAAAGCAAUCUCGAUAGAAUUCGACGAAGUGUAGAAGACAAAAAAUCUACAACAUGGCCAGAGUCACACUCUACUACAAAAGGAAAUUCCUCCACCGGUUCACAUCUAAAGAAAGGAUUAGAAGACUCAUCUGAUGAUGCUUUUUCUACCCCUGUACGAAAACGACAAAAUCUGAUUUCUUUUAAUGAAAACUACGAAUGCGACUCAUGUAACUCAAUAGAUUUUAAUACUAAUAUGUUUGGUGGACAAGCCGGACAAACUAAUAUAUUUGGUGGACAAGUCGGACAAACUAAAAUAUUUGGUGGACAAAUCGGACAAACUAAUAUAUUUGGUGGACAAAUCGGACAAACUAAUAUAUGGGGUGGACAAAUCGGACAAAUUGGAGGUCCUGGUUUUGUAUAUUAUCCUCCAAAAGUCUAUAACUAUACGAUUACACAACCGACUAUAAUUGGUCGUUACAACUUUACGGUUCCAGUUCCGGAUAGUAAUAUCUAUAAUUCUUUAGUAAAUGCUAGCUUUUGGAAAAUAUUUGAGCUUCCAUAUUUUAAUUCAUCUUUCUUGGGCGACCUAAAAUACACUUUCAAUAACAGCUUUCCAUUAAUUUCUUGGCCCUCUUUUCAAUACCCUUUUUGGAAUUAUCAGGAAAACAAAUAUUAUAACUCUAGUUGGAUGCAAAGUAAUUUUAGUUCCUACAUUAAUUGGAUAUAUAAUAAUUACGAUAAUGUCAUACAGAUGUGCGAAAAAUACCCAUAUUUUGCUUGGCCCAAAGAUGCAUAUUCUUAUUUUUCCUGGAUAAACGGCAAUUACUAUUAUUAUAUAAUUAAUGGAAUAGCUAAUAGGUUUAAUGUAUCACUUGAUACUAGGUUUCCAGAUAUAACCAAUCAACCAGUCAUUAAAUUUAAUUUUCCAAUUUCCAUUAAAAGCAAUGUUUACUUAAUAACUAUAUCUAUUACUCAGUUGAUAGAAAACAAUCGAUUUUCAAUAAAUGGCAUACCUUCUGGUCAAUGUAUUUGUUUAUCUCCCAUAUUAGGUAAUGUACCAGCAGGUCAGCAAAGUUGGGCAUACUUUUUAUUAGAUCAUUCAUUAGCCCAACAUCUUAAUAAUCAACAACCUGGUUUUUGCUUUUGCCCUUAUUACGUGAAUAAAAACCCAAAUUUAAAUCUAGACAUAAACCAAAUUGUGGUACAACUCGAAACACAAUCAGGAGUUAUAGGCGCUGAUUUUAUUAUAUGUUUAUAUUGUAAAGAGAAAAAGGGUUCACCACCAGUUUGGUAUUAUUUUCUUUUAAAUCGCAAUACUGGAAAAAUACCCAAAGAAGCAAAAUUAGGUUUUUGUCUGAAUACAAGAGGAGAAAUCGGUAAUAUUUAUCAAGAUUUAUAUCCAUAUCCAGGUUUUAUCAUUUACCCGCCACAUCAAAUUAAUGUUGCAGGUUAUGAUAUAGAGCAGACCGGCUAUUGCCUAUGUCCAAAUCCAAAUUUGAAAUUUCCUGAAAAUACUAAAAUAUUUAACUAUUUUUUGCGACCUCUUCAUGGAGACACAAUUUGUUCUUGUCCAUAUCCCAAUGCAGACCUUUUCCUACCACCUAAUACUAGGCCUUCUCACAUUAUUUUAUGUACAGAAAAUGUACCAAACAUAAAUAUAAAUGAAGUGUGGCCUCUUUUGCAACUGAUAGAAAAUGUUAAACUAAGCCAAUAUUGUUUGGAUGGGCAGUAUUAUCCAAUAAUUCCUCAAGAAACUGACCUAAAACCCUCAGAAGAUAAAAAAGACAAAGAAGAGAAACAACUUAACCAAAUAGAACCGGGAAUUUGCGUUUGUUUAUCUCCGGUUCUAUCAUUUAACACAAUAAAAUGGUUUAUUAAUUUAAAACAUGUACUUUCGCCCAAUAUAGAAAAUAAAAAAGGAUUCUGCUUUUGUCCUCCUGGAGAUGCAUCUGAUAGCACUGUAGUACCAAUAAACAUUAAUGAACUUAUUCAGCCUGGUACUUGUUUAUGUUUUAAAAGAGAAAUUAGUUUAAAUAUCUGGAUAUACGUUCUUCUUAAUGCAGGUGCAAAUGAUAAAGGUUAUGAUUUUUGUAUUUGCCCACCUGCUUGUAAUCCAUAUAUUUUCUCAGAACAAAUGAUUCCUGGUUUAAUACUGUAUGAAGCACAAAUAAUCGUGACUUUAGACCAAAGAUAUAUUCGUAAGCCUGGAGUGUGCUUGUGUCCUUCCGUAAACGCAAAAAAUAAGGGAAUUCACUACUCCUUAUGGCCAAUACUUUUUGACCAAACAUUUGGUAACAACAGAUGCUUCUGUCCUGAUAUAGAAUUUCCAGUAGCUCCAAUAAAACCUCAAUUCAAUACUUACAUUUGCUUAUGCUCAGAUAAUAACAAGAAAACCAUUUUUUAUUUAAUAAAAAAUGACGAAUCAGCAAAUUGUCCGUGUUCCAUGAUACCUGACACCAGCUAUAAUAUUACUUUAUUACCACUUCCUGAAGAUAACGGAGGUAAUAUUGUACCAGAUCUAGUCCCUUCUCAAGAAAAACACUUGUUAGAACCUGGAACGUGUAUCUGUUUAUUUUCUAUUACAGAUGUAACCAACUCUCAGAUUGAAAACUGGUUCUUUUCUAAACAAAGUAAAUUUCUAAUUGAGAAUUAUAACGGGCAAGAAUUUUGUUUCUGUCCAUCUUAUCAUAUAUCACAAAAUAUAAUCAUAACCACUCCACCCGAAUAUAUUAAACCAGGAUUCUGUUUGUUGUUUGAACGAAAUCAACAGAAUAUUUGGAAUUAUCAAAUUUUAAAUCAAGAUUUAGAAAUCAGUUUAACCACUUCUGAAUCGACAUUUACUUUAUGUCCAUACAAACCUACAGUUAAUGUUAAUUUUAAUGUUUCGAUCUCUGGAAUAAUAGUAUAUCCUCCAGUCGUUGAUAUGAACAGAGUAUUUUAUCCUGGAGUCUGUCUUUGUCCAUCCAAUUCGCUUCAUAAAACCAAAGGUCUUUAUUAUAUUCUAUUUCCAAUCAAGAAUACGGAUCCCAACAAUAUCUAUUGUUCAUGUCCUGUACAAGAACCACCUAGUACAGAGAUAAUUGACAUAACCUACGAAAUAUGUCUCUGUGAAAUAGUAGAUUUUUAUAAUAACUACAAAAAUAAAUUUUACAUUGAAUUCAAGCCACAUAAGAAUAAUGGUGGCUGCACUUGUUCAGUAGAGAACAAUGGGAUCAAUGGAUAUCCAUUGCCAAGUUAUCCGGAUCAGUAUCUAAAUAUUACUAUUAUUGUGCCACCACCAGUUACUCGAUACCCAACCCUCCCUACAAUCAAAUGGACUACCUUUCCACCAAUAAAAUGGUCUACCUUAAAACCACUAAACUGGUCUACAUCACCAAUGUGGCCUAUAGAACCACCAACAUAUCCUACAGAUACACCAGGCGACCAGCAUACAGGAACAAUAAUAUGGCCUACAAAACCACCAACAUGGCCUACAAAACCACCAACAUGGCCUACAAAACCACCAAAAUGGCCUACAAAACCACCAACAUGGCCUACAAAACCACCAACAUGGCCUACAAAACCACUAACAUGGCCUACAAAACCACCAACGUGGCCUACAUGGCCUACAACGCGACCAUCACCAGAUCACAUAUCGAAAAAUCCACAAACAAAAGUUCCACAUCCUACAGCAAAACCUAAACCAACUAAACAACCACCAAAGCCAUGGGGUGACAUAAUUGGGCCUGAAUAUUGCCUGUGUUUAUCUAUAAAAUUGAAUAAGAAUAAUGAGAUAAGUUGGUUAUUUGUUAUAUCACCCCCAACAUCUCAUACAGGUGGAAAUAAUGGGGAAUCCGGAUAUUGUUUUUGUCCACCAACUGCUGUAACUCCUCCUUCGGAAGUUGACAACACUCAGAAACACAAACCAAAACCAAUCCAAAAAAACAAAUGUGUAUGUAUGGCUCCCUAUUUUACGCUAAUGGGACAAAUUGAGUGGUACUGUUUCCUUAUUGAUAUAAAGUCAAAGCAAAAAUAUGAGGAAUCGGGAUCUACUUUCUGCUUCUGUCCUUAUGUCAAUAAUAAUCAGCAACCACCAAACGAAAUAAAUUCUGGUUUUCCAAUAUAUGCUCCGGUAUAUUAUCCUGGAGUUACCUAUUUAUGUGUUUGUCCUACAAAAAUCUCAAAUUCAGUAAAAUCUUGGAUAUACUAUACUUUUUAUCCAAUAACCGAUAAAUAUUUUAAUUUUGAAAAUGGUUGUUGUGCUUGUCCGUAUUCUAAGCCUGACACUCACACUAACAAUAAUAUUGCAACACCCGGAAUUUGCCUUUGUUCAACAGCUGUUUAUCCAGGAAGCCAAACUUUCAUUUUACAACAAGUUGAUAGUAGUGGUAAUUGUAAUUGUAAUAAUGGUCCUGUGUUCGUGAUUUAUCCACCAUCAUCUGUGUUCCCCCAACUUGAUAUUGAAAUGAAUACUAUAACAACUAGUAAUGGUUUUCAAAUAGAUAUUGCAUUAUUAUUACCUGUAGGUUUUGUUGGAGGACAAUAUCUAAACUUUUCAGUAAAUGUCUUUUCCCAAAUCUUGGCCAAUUGCUUUCAAACUGGUUCCUUCCAAAGCAUGUCCGCAACUCCUUUUGUACUUAAAGCCUCUCCAGCACGACUUGGAUUAAAUCAAGUUAAUACAGGUGCAUGUUAUAGACAAUAGAAAAAGUAUUUAAACAAAGCUUGUAAACAAACUUGUAUCUUGAGGAACCAGAUGAAGAAUAAAUUUAAAGUUUAACAUGUAAACAUUUAAAAUCUUGUACACAAAACGUUAUUAUAAUAAAGUUUAAAAUCUGC